CAAGGUGGGAGAGCCUGAUACUUCUGUUCCCGCGGCGAACGGCAUGUGAUAGGCAUCUACUCUGACCAAUUACAAAACUGCCUUGGGUGGGAGCGUGAGAUGAGGCGGAUGCUGCUUGUGGGCACCAAUCAGAGAUGCGGAAAAGGCGGAAGUUGGAGUGGUUUGAAGUGGCCGAAGGCUUCCGUGUGGUGGAGAGCCUUCUCCUCUUUCUGUUUUCUCCAGAGGUUUCCCAGCGAGGCCUUAAGAGAGGGUGUGCAACUCGAGGUCCUCCAUAUGUUGUUUGAUUGUCAAGUCUUAUCAGCCUAGCAGAGCCGAUUAUGUGGGAUGCAGUACUGUGUGAUUGUUCUUUAAGGAAUAUACAUUCAAAAUAAAGCUUAAGUGAGCUUAUGAAAGUGGCACUGUGUGCAGCACAACUUAGUCCUGUUUUAAAUUACCGAAAUGAAGAGAAACGGUAAGCGAGGAAGAGAAAAUCAGGCGCGAAACAGCUACAGUCAGAUCUACAAUCCCCACCCAUAUAGAACUCAGCACCAUUGGAACUAUACAGAAAGAUAUGAGCAAGUAGAAAUCCAGACUUCACAGAACCCAGGUAUGAGCCAAGAUGAAUCCCCCUCUACAUCUGAUAUACACCAGAACUCUCCAGUGCCUGAAUUACCAGGGUUUUAUUAUGAUCCUGAAAAGAAUCGUUAUUUCCGCUUGCUUCCUGGACAUAACAACUGCAACCCUCUCACCAAGGAAAGCAUUCAGCAGAAAGAAAUGGAACAUCAAAGACUGAGACUCCUAGAAGAGGAAAAACAUAUGAAAAAAACAUCCAAGACUGGGCUGAACUCUUCCAUCAUUUUAUGUAAGAGGAAGUUAGGUUUCUUUAGCUCUAUCAAUUAUUGCAGGUUGAUCCAUGAGUUAAAGGUGAAUUGCAUGCAGAGAAGGAAAUUAGAAAUCAAGAGCCCAGAUUCCUCUGUUUCAGGAAGCAACAAUUUUAAACUGAUUGCAGCAGACACGGCAUAUGAAAGAAUAUUCACUGUGAAUGAUGUAGAGCAUGGAGGAUGUAAAUAUGGUAUUGUCAACCUCAGUGGCUUGGGGAAGGAUUCUCUGACUGUGGAGAUGUACGACAACCUCUACUUCACUAACCGCAAGGUAAAUUCUGUGUGUUGGGCUUCACUGAGUCAUCCGGAUUCUCAUGUUUUGCUGUGCCUUAUGGGUGUUGCAGAAACUCUGGGCUGUGCCAGCUUGCUCCCUGCCUCCUUAUUCAGCAACUCUAAUACAGGUGACCAACCUGGAAUGUUGUGUAGCUUCAAGAUCUCCACAGCCUGGUCCUGUGCCUGGUGUUUGAAUCCUCAGGCUGAUAACUGCUUUAGCACAGGUUUAAGCCGACGAGUCCUUGUGACCAAUGCAGUGACUGGUCAUCGGCAAACGUUUGGUACCAGCAGUGAUGUCCUAGCGCAACAUUUUGCUACCCAGACUCCAGUGCUGUAUAAUGGCUGUCGUUCGGGGGAGGUUUUCAGCAUUGAUGUCCGUCUGCGCAGCCAUAAAGGGCAAGGUUGGAAAGCCAUCCGUCUCUUCCAUCAUUCAGCAGUCACAUCUGUUAACCUUCUGAAGGAUGAGAACUACCUCAUGGCUGCAGACAUGGAAGGACAGAUAAAACUUUGGGACCUGAGAAAACAAAAGUGUGUGAAAGAAUAUAGAGGUCAUCACAAUGAACACGCUGUUCUCCCUUUGCACAUCAGUGAGGAAGAAGGUCUUCUUACAGCAGUGGGCCAAGAUUGCUAUACCCGGAUUUGGAAUCUCCAAGAUGGCCGUUUACUCCGGACUAUCCCUUCUCCAUAUCCAUCUUCCAUGGACUCUAUCCCAAGUGUUGUUUUCUCAUCACAGCUUGGAGGUGCCCGAGGGGUCCCUGGUCUGCUUAUGGCAGUCAAACAGGAUCUUUAUUAUUUCUCGUACAAGACAGAUGAUCCAUAUUGUGUGCAUGCUAAAGACACAGGCCAUGCUGCUUGUCUAAGUGCUUGAGAAUAAAAACGUCAGAUAUCUUUACAGUUCUGUGUUUUUGACAUAUACUGUCAUUCUCAGCAUUCAACGUUUUGGAGCUUCAUAAUCAUUUUGGGAUCAUAUUUUUUUUCCUUUUUGCUACAGGAUAUUCUAGAAAAGGAUUCUAGAAAAUCUAAAAAACAAAAUAUUCAGUUCUUACAAUAAAGUAAAGAAUAAAUUGUUUUACUUUCUCCAA